AUGUCUCUCGGCACCGUCUCAGAGUGGAGUUGCUUCGAAAAUGAGACCGCGUCAGCCAAGCCACCACAGCCACAGUCUUUCCAAAACAUAUUUCACCAAUCUAGCCGCAACCCAUGUGCAUCUGAUGGCAAGACUUCUAUCAAUGCCUCGUACGAACUUGAGGGGAAACUCGAUGAGCAGGAAAUUCGCAUAGACAUCCUCGAGUUGGAACUUGAUCAGCACAAGGAGGCAAUGAGCGAAAAGAUCAGUCAACUAAAGGAAAGAGACAGCACCAUCAAGACGCAAUGCUUCCACAUUGUUUCUCUGCAUCACAACGUGUGUCAGUUGACGGAUGAGAUAUCGAAGCUGAACAACGUCAUUUGUGCUCUUCGCAACCAGUUGAGGAGAUUUACGGAUGAGGAUUGGCAGAACCACGCUGGGGUCGGGAAGAAAAGAAAAUUGGACAUAUGA